CCUGUUGAUACCUCCCUGUACAAUUUUCUCUCUUCUGGAUACGCAUUUAUUGUGAAGGAAACCUACCGGAAGUGAUAUAUCUAGGUUGCUCCGGGAGGCCGAAGCCAUGGACUAUCAGAUAGAAGAAGAGGCUGGGUUCGUCGUUGAAGACGUGAGCACAAUCAUAAAAGAGUCGGUGGAAGCAACCAUAGGAGGAAAUGCCUACCAGCACAACCGAGUGAACCAGUGGACCACCAGUAUAGUGGAGCAGUGCCUCAGUCAGCUCAGCAAGCUGGGAAAGCCUUUCAAAUAUAUUUUAACCUGUGUCAUCAUGCAGAAAAAUGGAGCAGGUAUGCAAACAGCCAGCACAUGCUUCUGGGACAACUCUACCGAUGGAAGCUGUACAGUGAGAUGGGAGAACAAGUCUGUGUACUGCAUUGUCAGUGUAUUCGGGCUCGCCAUCUGAACCUACAUCACCAAACCCAGUGAUUGUGUCCACAUUUUUGAGAACUCCCGCUGUUUGUUUUGGGAUUUUGAUAUGUUCAUCUUGUGUGUUAAGAGAGAUUUAUUAAAACAGAUGUGCCUUA